CGAGUACACAAUCGAUUUCACGUUCCUGGCCGAAGCUUCUCGUCGAAUUUUCGAUUUCAUUUAUAAGUGACAAGCGUUCAUCACAUUUCAAGCAAAAGCCAAAACAACAACAACCCGAAAUUUUCGUGUUAAAAGUUUUUUUAAAGAAGAGACAACAGAUUAAUUAAAACAAACAAAAUGGUUCGCCGUGGACGUUCAGCUAGCCCCCCACCAUCCGCUCGACGCAGCGCACCUGCUCCCGCUCCCGCACCUGUGCCGGCACGUGCCGCCGCCCCUCCACCACCGCCGGCCCCAAUGGCCGCUCAACCCAGCGCCGUUGGCAUGCCGGCACCCCAGCAGCCAUCCAUGUUCCAGCAAAUGGCCGCCACCGCCGGAGGCGUGGCUGUCGGCUCGGCCAUUGGCCAUACCGUGGGCCAUGGACUCACCUCGCUGUUCAGCGGAUCUGGCGAUAAGGAGGCCGCCGCACCGGCCCCAGCGGCAGCUGCACCGGCACCCCAGCAGCAAUACUAUGCCCAGCAGCCGCAGCAGAUGGAGCCGCAGGGUGCCUGCGCCUGGGAGCUCAAACAGUUCAUCCAGUGCGCCCAGGGACAGGCGGAUUUGACCCUCUGCGAGGGAUUCAACGAGGCGCUGCGGCAGUGCAAGCAGUCGCAUCAUCUCCAGUAGAGAGGAUCCCCCAUCCCCUGUGGGAGCAACAGCUGGACUCGGAUCAAAUCAUCGGAUCACGGCUGUCUCCCCUUCGUUUAGUUCUUAAUUGUUUGAUGAGAGAGCUUUGUUUUUAAUUGUAGUGAAAAGAAAAAAAAGAAAAUCUUAAAUAGAAAAUCCCAUUGGCAGCCCUUGUGAGCUAUCCCCUUCUCCACCCUUAAACACAAAUAACCCCACGGGGCUGUCAAUGUGGGCCAAACAAACCAAA